AUGCAUGAAGUCCCUCACAGCAUCCUUCUGGACAAGUUGGACAACUGUGGGAUGAGUGGGUUCAUGGUGCGCUGGGUGAAGAACUGGCUGAAGGGCAGGGCUCAAAGGGUCAUAGUGAAUGGGGCUACAUCUGGCUGGCAACAGGUCACCAGUGGUGCUCCUCAGGGUUCGAUUCUGGGGCCAGUCCUGUUCAAUAUAUUUCUCAACAAUCUGGAUGCAGGAGCUGAAUACACCAUUAGCAAUUCCUCAGGUCUGACUACAAGCAAUCAAAGAUUCUGUAAAUCCUGUUCAUCCUGCUGCUCCAUCCUAAGCGAUACACACACUAUUCCACCAGUUUUAUCACAAAACAGAGGAUUCCUCGGGCAGAACUGUGAUUCUGGGCUACCUUCCCCACUUCCUUCUGAUUCCUUCAAGUAUCUCAGUUGGUGUGACAUAGAAGAACAUGAUGUACGAGGAAAUCAGCUUCAUUGUCCCCGAGUGAGAGAAGGGCCCUCAGAAGAAGAGCUAUUUUUCAGAGGAGAAGAACAUACUUUGAAAAAAAGAAAACAAGUAACUGACACAGAGAAGUGGCAAAAGAAACUGCAAGAGAACUGGGAAAACUGUGCUGAGUUGAACCUUUCCUUUCAGGACCUGGGUGAUCUUCACCAGGUGGAAAACUUCAAAAGGAUUCUCCAAAGAUUAAUUCGGGUGGAAAAACUUUGGUUGGUGGACAAUUCUUUGACAGACCUAAGUGCCAUAAGGUUGCCAAGAUGCAGAGAACUGAAUGUCAAUAAAAACUACUUUACAUCCUUCAAACAGCUGCCAAAGAUGCCUCAGAUUCAGCACUUAUCACUUGCUGAAAAUAACAUUAUGACACUAAGUGGACUAUCAGACUUCAGACAUACUCCACUUGAAUCCCUUAUACUCAAGAGGAAUCCCUGUGAAUUUCAAGAAAGAUACAGACAACUUGUAUUCUCCAGUUUGCCAAAUCUGAAAAUGCUGGACGGUAUCCCAAAACUGCCAGAGGACUGUUCACCCCCAGAUAUCAGGUUUUUUUUCAGAAUGUGUACUAUACUCUAGCACUGUAUUUUUGUAGGAUCACAACUGUGCUAGAACCACCUCACUUAAGAGAUACAAUAAAUCCUGU